CGCCGGUUCCCGCAUCGUCCUCCAUCUCGAGGUCUCCAAUUCCCCUAUCUCCCGAGAAUCGCGGCGCCAUGACAGAACCCACGCCAACGUCCCUUCGUGUCGCCUACAUCCGAACCGUCCCCCCACCGAAACACCCAGCAGAGAUAUUCAGUUUCAUCGCCUCGCACGUAAGUCAACCAUUGCCACAAGCCGGCGGGGGCGCGUCCCCACGCCAUCGCUUCCUCGUCGGCUCCGCGAACGCAUUCGACGCGCAAAUCCUGGACUUCUUCAUCGCGAAAAUCGAGCCUCGCACCCCUGCACAAUUGCCCUCAGAGUCAGAGCAAUGGGCAUUCAAGCGCAUGGCCCGUUCGGACGUCGAGUUCCGCAUCCCGCGCUCCCGGUCUUCGACACCUUCAGGCCAGAAGCUCCAGAAGCGAUGCGCAGACGCAGGAAUCGCAACUCGAAUCAGCGGCGCAGACGACGAGGAGUGUGACGAGAUCAUGCUACAAGAGUCCGACUACCUUAUUGACUUUUUGACCCCAACCCUGCGGUUUGACUACGAGCAUUGGUUCUGGCACCAUGUGAGCCCUGGAGUACCACAAGAUAGCAUGCUCACCAACGAUAAUUACAAUACGAAACAGCUCGAUACCAGCCAUCUCUGUUUGCCAACGCGAUUCGCGGGAUAUGGGUGGAAACACAGCUCGGGUGCAUAUCAUGGAAACGGUGGGAACUGGUGGUGCACAAUGUGCGGAGGGAAGUGUAAACGGGGCCGAUGUAGAGGCCAAGGGAAUAAGAAGCGUGUGGCUGAGCGGAAGGAGGCGGAGGAACAGCAGCAGAAGUGGAGAGCUGAAUGGCUGAGAUUGCCGGAGCCAAGGAGCGAGAAGUGGAGGGAGUGGACGGCGGAUGAUAUGUGCUGGAAGUUUCACAUGCUUGGCCUGCCGCGGUAUAAGGAUGAGAAGAGGUGGCAUAGUGUGGAUACAUUUAGCGGAGAAUGACACGGUCCCCUUCAUUGGCGGGUUUUGGUUGGACUGCCGUUGCUUCUUAGUGGUACUUCUGCGCCCGGGCUGUGAGCUGCUCGAACAUUCUUUUCGCGGGAGCAUCAUGGAUACACUCUAUCCACAUGACGCUUAGCAGUCGUUUCUUAGCUUCUUCCCAGGACAGUGGCGACGCAUGGACUGCGGUAAACAUCUGCACCAGCCACUCCUCGUCAGGGUCCACAACAGUAAUGGUACCCACCAUUAUGAACCAAAAGUGCAGGCUCGAGGCACCAUUCGAUAGAGUCCCUUCGAAUACCGUCGGAUACAAGCUUCGAAGCCGUUUUGCUAGAUAUGUGUACGGGGUAUUCCUCCCGGGAAUCUUGAACAAUGUGGUGAGAAAUGCGAGCAUAGCGAGCCGUAAGCAUUCGGACGGG